ACUCAAGUAUAUACCAUGUCUGGACGCGGCAAAACUGGCGGUAAGGCGAGAGCCAAGGCUAAGACCCGAUCAUCCCGGGCUGGGCUUCAGUUCCCGGUGGGUCGUGUCCACAGGCUGCUCCGCAAAGGCAACUACGGCGAGCGUAUCGGUGCCGGCGCCCCUGUCUACCUGGCGGCAGUGCUCGAGUAUUUGACUGCUGAGAUCUUGGAGUUGGCCGGCAACGCUGCUCGCGACAAUAAGAAAACUAGGAUCAUCCCCCGCCAUCUGCAGCUGGCCGUCCGUAAUGACGAGGAGCUCAACAAACUCCUUGGCGGAGUGACUAUUGCCCAGGGCGGUGUUUUACCCAACAUCCAGGCUGUCCUUCUGCCCAAGAAGACCGAGAAGGCUGCCAAGAAGUAAGAUUUGUCUGCCAGGAAGACCCCCAAAACGGCUCUUUUAAGAGCCACCCACUUCUACGUAACGAGCUUGAUUCCAUUGAAGUGCCUUUGAAAACAUCACUCAAUGUAUUACAUGGCUGUCAUCCUGUGCGCAAUACACUCAACCAAUCUGACGGCCUCUGAUAAAAAUGGUUAAGUUUUGAAGAAUGCUAGAGCCAAACCAAGAUUGGUCACUGGUUAAUAUUGGAUGAUUCUGUACCCCAGUGGCAUUACAAAGUAUGGGAAUUACAUGAAAGCAUUCAGUCUGUACCCAAAUUUAUUAGUAUAAUAUAAUGUAUAAUUGCAAUGUCUUAAUUUGUGUAUAAACUUGCAUAGUGUGCAGAUAUUGGGUGAUCAUGUUUCUUUAAAAUGAAAUGAUUUUUGUCAUACAAACUUAGUGCAAAAUAAUUUAUAUUGGAAGAAUGUUAAUGUUUUCAGAAGACGAAAUACUUUUUAAUCCCUGAGGGGAAAUUACAAGAUUGUUUUAUUGAAAACAUUUUAUUAAUGCUUAUUGGCUGUAUACAUGUCAAAGUUCUUCAUUGUAACAAGCAUGUCAUAAAUCACUUCAGGCCAGGAUUUUAUUCCACUCUUUUUGUCAAUAAUUCCAAAAAACGAUUAAAACACAAUUAUAAGCAGAAUGUAAUGUCUUUAUUCGA